UUUUGAGACAAUAUUUAGACAAAUCGAUAUGUCUUCCCUUAAAAAUAUUAUUCUCUAUUUUUUUUGUAAUGGGUGCUUUUACUCCAAGAUUACUUAAAAACAUAGAAAAAACGAUUCUGCGUAAAUUCGUUUUGUCUAUGUUGCGCGUGGGCCAGAGAGAUAAAACAAAUAGUGCUCUGACAUCCUCUUAAUUAAUAACUAUUGUACAUUUAUAACAGCACGAUAGACGUAUUAUUGUAUUAACUACUUGAGAGGACGCUACUCCGUCGUAUUGUCCCCGUCGUACGUACACAUGACCUUUAUUUGAUAUUUUAAUUCCUAAGCCAGAUAUGAGCAUUUUUAAUUUUUGCUAUUUCAUAGUAUACCCAUAUCUUGCUUGAAAAUGAAAAUAUUGAAAAAUCGCCAAUGCUUAAACACAGAUUAUGUUCUUACCUUAAAGUUUGAUAAUAGGUCAAUUCACUCUAUUAUCAAAACUAUAAUAACAACACACUAUUAUAAAACUAGUGAACGAAAAUUUGCUAUGUCGUACGUGUGUUAGACGGAGACAACAAAUGCAUGGGUAUAGCGUCCUCUUAAGUAUUGUUAUUUGUAUCCCAGUGGCACCGAAGUCCAAAAUUUUACCUAUGACAUUAGACACCUCCACAUAAAAUUUUGACACCCACCUAUUUCUUAUAAUUACCUUACCAUACACCAAGUAUAGUUUUUAUGUUGUCUAUUAAACAAAUUUUCAUAAAAUAACUAUAGAAUGAUAAAGAUGACCCCUUACCUACUAAAAUCACCUAUAGGUUAUAAUUGUCAUAGGUAAAUAUAUAUUUUGUCGCCACUGAUACGUCCAUCGUUCAUGUAAUCAUGUAGGUAUAUUAAUGUGAUUUGGGUAGUAAGUAGUAACUUUUCCGAUCCCCCAGGGCUGAAUAUCAUAAUUUACUAUGACUGGACUGUUACUUUACUGGACGGAAAAAGGUAAUUUUUCCACGCUUCAACUUCCAGCGAUAGCUACAAAAAAAUUUAUUUUGUAAUAUUUACAGUGGUGCAUUUAGACAUUAAACGCCCUGGGGCAAUAUUUUACUAACGCCCCCUCGCCCUUAAUAAAUAUACAUUUAAUAUUGAAAUUGUCAUCUGUAAACAGCUCAAAACAAGUCAAAAUUAUAAGGAUUCUUGUAUUACUAUUUAUAAUUUUAGAUUUAAAACAAAACAUCUAAUUCAAAAUAAUUUGCACUUUUUCGUGAUUUUUAAGCUUUUUGUCAAAAUUUAAACUUUAAAAUUUUAAAUGCUUAUAAAAAAAAAAAAUUGUCACUAUAGAUUUUUAAUAUUUUUCAAAUGUCAUUGUAACAAUACAUUAGAAACCAUGUAUUACACGCAUUUUUACCAAAAAAAUAAAAUUUCAUUGACAUUCAUAAAAAAAAAAACUAAAAAUAUUGAAAAUUGAUAAUGUCCGUAAACACCUCAAAACAAGUAAAAAAAAAUAUAUGAUUUAUAGCAAAUGCUAAUAUUAAUGUUCAGUGAAAAUUGCAUGUAUCUAUGGUAAUUUGUUUUAGAGUUACGUCAAAAACCAAAAUUGAUUUUCUCAAAAACCGAUUUUGCGUAAAAAUUCCCGGUUUUCCUUAAAUUGUAUGUUGUUUUUCCCAGCGCUUUUGAAAACUAUUGGAAUAAAUUUUGAACUCCCAAAUGCAUCAGCUAGAUUUACUUUCCUAUCGAACAAGAUACUGUUGAAGAAAAUCGAAGCAGUUUUACUGCCCCAAACCUUGAUGACAGACACAAAAAAAGCUUAAAAAAACACACAUCAUUGUAAAAUCAAUACAUUCAUCGUUCCACUCCGAAUCUAAAAACCGUAUGAGGUUUACUAUACUCCACUUGAUAAUAUUCUCACUUCUAAAUUUUAUAAGAGUUCAAUUCAUUCUAGUUUUUAAACUAACAGAGCUAAAUGUGAUCUGCUGGACGUACCUACAAUUUGUAGCAAUGCGUUUGUAAGACGUAGAGAUCGCAUGCGGAUGUAGCUCCCAAGUUAACAUCUUAAGAUCAUAUAUGAAAUUACGUGCCCGACAAAUUGAUAUUGUGGAUACAGUUGAACAAUGUGAACAGAUAGCAGUGAAAUUUGAAAAAUCAGCCACUUACUUGCCAAUUCUCGGACUAGAUUGUGAGUGGGUAACUCAAAAUGGAAUUCGUCAACCCGUGGCGUUGUUACAAAUUGCUGACAACAAUGGAAUGUGUUCUUUGAUUAGAUUGUCUAAGUUUAAAACUAUUCCAUCAUCUUUAUCUGACAUUUUGAGCAACUCAAAUAUAAUUAAAGUUGGUGUUGCUAUUUUGGACGAUGCUCAUUUACUGAUGAGUGAUUACAAUAUCAAUGUAUCUGGAUGCAUUGAUUUGAGAUAUUUAGCUAAAGAAUCUUGUUUAGAAGAAAGAAGUUUGGCAGCUCUUGCAUAUAAAUUGCUGGGAUGUGAAUUAGAUAAGGAUUGGCAUGUUCGAGCUAGUGAUUGGGAAGCUGAAGAAUUAAAUGAUCGCCAGAUUGAAUAUGCUGCAUUGGAUGCUUAUGUAGCUGUCAAGAUUUUUGAGCAACUGAGAAAUAAAAAAAUAUCAUGGUGGAACUGGUUAUUUUUAACAGACAAACAAAAAUGGGAUAAGGUUAUUGAAAUAUACUCAAAUUAUAAAGAUCUUCCGUAUCAAAAUGUUCGAACUAAUGGAAAUACUAAAUAUAAACCAAAAUCUAAUGUUCGCUUAUAUUCAACUUCAACAAUAAAAUCUGCUAAAGUGUAUGACAAUUGCUUGAUGGAAAAUGUUGAUGGAACUGUAAUGUCAACUUGUAGUCAUAAAAAAGUUGAUUGGUAUAUAUCUCAAGGUUUAGCCGAAUUGGUCAAUAAUGAACCAAAAACUAUAAGACUUAACUUCUCAGCCGACUUAAAAAAUAGAAAAGACAAUUUUUCUGUUCUUCCCCGAGAAAAUAUAUGCACAGUUUGUGGUCGCUCUGAAUAUUUCCGUAAGAAAAGUAUCAUACCAAAAGAAUUUGUUCGACAUAUGCCAACUAUACACAAAACUCAUAUCCCUCACGAUACAUUGCUAUUAUGUUAUUGGUGUCAUAUCAAAUCAAAUGCCUUUGAUUUCACAAUACGUAAAAAACUAUUCAAUAUGUGUCAAAUUAAAGAGCUAAAUCCGAAUGAAUACCAAAAAAUUCCAGCAUAUGUAAAAAUUAUGAGAUCAAAAAGUCUUGCUAAAACUCUUUUAAAAUCUCGACAUUCAUUACCAGAUAAAGUAGCGAAUGAAUUAAGACUAGAAAUUGCAGAAACGUAUAAUAUGGAACCGAAUCGAGUGUUUGAUACAUUCCUAGAAACUUUACUCACUAUCAAAUCCUUAAAGUAUGAAAAUGACUGUCAACAUAACAGUGCAGCAGAAAAAGUAGUAAAACAUUUUUUAGAACAAGAUGCAAUAAGUGAAUUAAAAGCAAUGUGGCGACAGCAUUUCCUUGACACAAUGAAACCAAAACAUUUACCUCUUCUAUGGUCAGUUAAUUAUGAUGGGUAAAAGAAUUAUACAAAACUGAAUAUAAUGUCAAUAAUUAAAAUGUAAAAAUAUAUAAAUUGUAUUCUUUUACAUUAUAAUUUGUAUAAAAUACAGUUUUUUUUUGUAUAAAAUUUAUUUUACAUACAAGAAAAUCAAAAGAUA